AUGGGCGACUUCCUCCUGCCAGCACCGGAACCACCCACCGAGUUGGGCCGGUAUAGAGUUCUCUCGAGCACCGCUGGGAUCAGGGUAUCGCCGUUAUGCUUAGGAGGCAUGUCCAUCGGCGACGCGUGGACGUCGAUAAUGGGAAGCUUGACUAAAGAGAACGCUUUCAAGCUGCUCGAUGCAUUCGCAGAGGCCGGCGGCAACUUCAUCGACACUGCUAACAACUACCAAGACGAGCAAUCUGAAAAGUGGAUUGGAGAGUGGAUGGCAGCAAGAAAGAAUCGGGAUCUGAUGGUGAUUGCGACCAAGUACAGCACCAUGUACCGUAGCCACGAGCUGGGCAAAGGCAAGACGGUCAAUUACUCGGGCAAUCACAAACGGUCGCUUCACAUGUCGGUCAGAGACUCGUUGAAGAAGCUUCAAACCGACUUCAUUGACCUCCUAUACGUCCACUGGUGGGACUGGACCACAUCGAUCGAAGAAGUCAUGGAUAGCCUCGACAUCCUAGUGAAGCAGGGUAAAGUGCUCUACCUUGGAGUGUCGGACACGCCUGCCUGGGUGGUGGCGACGGCCAACACGUACGCGCUGGCCCACGGCAAGACGCCGUUCAGUGUGUACCAGGGCCGAUGGAAUGUGAUGAGGCGGGACUUUGAGCGCGACAUUCUCCCGAUGGCUCGACACUUCGGCAUGGCGUUGGCGCCGUGGGAUGUCAUCGGCGGCGGCAAGUUCCAGUCGAAGAAGCAGAUCGAAGCGCGCCAGCGGCAGGGCGAGCAGAUUCGCCCGUCCUUCUAUCAGCAAGACGGCCAGAGCCCCGACGAGGAGAAGAUCAGCGCCGUGCUGGAGAAGGUGGCCGCCGAGCACGGGGUCGACACCCUGUCGACCAUCGCGCUCGCCUACGUCUUACACAAGGCCCCCAACGUCUUCCCCAUUAUCGGCGGCCGCAAGGUCGAGCACCUCCACGACAACAUCAAGGCCUUGUCUAUCAAGCUCACCGACCAACAGAUUGCCUUCCUCGAUGCCGUCCAGCCCUUUGACCCGGGUUUCCCUGCCAACAUGAUCGGCGAAAGCCCCAGAUCUACCGGCAAGUCUCAGCCGCUUCUCACAUUGACCGCCCAUAUGGCUUGGUCGAAGCCGGAGAGGCCCUGGCAAAAGGAUGAUUGA